UUUUAGUUUUCUACGAAUACAAACGCGUCUUUGCCUUGAUUUUCUGUUAGGCCUGCAAGAAAGCCCCGGACCUGUUCCCCUCCACCAACCGCAGCGCUGACUGCACAUCUGACACAACGAGUGACCCGGUUUAGUCGCUGAUCCCAGUUCUGGGCCACGUCUGUUAUACUCACCUCUGCCGCUCUUCUACCACUCUAGCAUGCACAUUCACUUCUCCCCAUGAUGGCCGAGUCUACCUCUAUCGACGCGAAACUGCACAACGGGAAUGGCGAGUACCAUUCGCCGCGGCCGCGUAAACCAAACAGAAUAGACCUGCUCAAACCGCGACUGAGCGAUGAAGCUUUCAACUCAGAUGGCACGCUGAAGGACCCUGCGUCCAUCGUCUCCAGCGGUCGAACAACUCCCAUCCCUGUAGACGCCCCGCCCUCGGUCCAGGCAUCCUCCUCUGCAAGACGUCGAAUUCGAGCUCAACAGAAGCAGCGCAUGUUCCCUAGCAUCGACUACGUCGAUCGCGUCUCACAUUUUGACCCAAACAGCGACUACCAUGACUUUCGCGGCUUCUUCGUCCUGUUCUGGAUUGGACUGGCUAUUAUGGUCAUGACCAGCAUGUUGCGAAACUACAAGGAGACGGGGUACCCUCUGCAGAUCAAACAAUGGGAUUUGUUCAAAGAGAAGAUCUGGGAGCUCGGUAUGGUCGACGGCGCCAUGGUGUUCAGCAUUGCAUUGUCACUGCCUCUGCAGAAGUUGUUCCUCCAAGGCGACGGAGUACUACGCUGGAACAAGCUUGGUUGGGCGAUUCAAAGCGUAUAUCAAGCGAUCUGGCUUUUGUUUUGGGUCACGUACCCUUUUGUUCGUGACUGGAGUUGGACGGCUCAGGUUUACUUCACCCUGCAUCUGCUCGCUAUUUUUAUGAAGAUGCACUCUUAUGCUUUCUACAACGGCCAUCUUAGCGAGACUCUGCGUCGUCUGAACGACCUCGAUACGCCCGACAAAGCUAGCAAAGCAGCAGCGGUUCGAUACCCGAAGCCUCGAACUCACCUACACGAGGUCUUGCAGUCUCCCCAGCAGGAAGAGCCUGCCAAUGCGAAUACCGAAUAUCUGCCCCAGCUCCGGGAAGACCUCGCGUUUGAACUCGCCUCGUCUCUCGGUCAUGUGUCGUAUCCUGAGAAUCUUACCCUCUACAAUUUCGUCGACUUCGUGUUCUGUCCCACUCUUUGCUACGAACUCGAAUACCCUCGCACCUCCGGAAUUCGAUGGAUGGAGCUCUUCUACAAGACUCUCGCUGUCUUUGGGUGUAUUUUCCUGAUGGUUAUUGUAGCAGAGGAGUUUAUUCUGCCAGUCUUGGGUGAAUCGGCCGUUCAGAUGCAGAACGCAAAGAGCGCGUUGGACCUUGGUCUCGUCUUGGGCGAGACGAUUGGUCGUCUGCUCUUCCCCUUCAUGAUCACCUUUCUGCUCGUUUUUCUUGUCAUCUUCGAGUACGUCUUGGGCGCAUUCGCGGAGAUUACAUGCUUUGCAGACCGUCAAUUCUAUGCAGACUGGUGGAACAGCUGCGACUGGCUCGAGUUUUCUCGCGAGUGGAAUAAGCCUGUUCACCACUUCUUUCGUCGACACGUAUACUCAGCGUCCAAGAACCACAUGUCACGGCCUGUUGCGACGACCCUAACUUUUCUCAUCUCCGCUCUAGCGCAUGAGUUGGUCAUGGGCUGCAUUACGAGGAAGUUUAGAGGUUACGGGUUUGUUGCCAUGAUGCUCCAGGGACCCAUAGUCUUGGUUCAGAGGAGCAAGUGGGUCAGGGGACGAACGUUGUUGAAUAACGUUCUAUUCUGGUGCAGUAUGAUUCUGGGGCUGAGUUCGGUAAGUCGAUCCCUCUUUUGGUAGCAUUGAAUGCAUACUAAUAGUCACUAGAUGUGUGCGUUGUACGUCCUUGUAUAAACAGUCGG